UGAAAAUACCUGUCUUCCACCACUCUUGUUUUCUAGAGGGGGAGUGCAAAAUGACACCUGAGGGUGCGCUGGAGAGGGACGGUCAUGGAGUCCACACUGGCGCCAAUGGAAUUACAUACGUCGGCAGAUGGAAAAAUGACAAGAUGAAUGGUACUGGAAGGCUACAACAUCCUUCUGGGGCAGUUUAUGAAGGCAACUUCAAAGACAACAUGUUUCAUGGGGCUGGAACCUACACGUUUCCAAAUGGAGCAAAGUACAUUGGACCAUUCAAUGAAAACAAGAUGGAAGGUGAAGGAGACUUCAUAGAUGAAAAUGGAGUGGAGUGGAGUGGCACAUUCCAUGGCACAGCAGCAUUGGGACUGAAGCAGAAGUUGAAAAUGUAG